AUGGCGCCGAAACCAGCGGCCGUGCCCUACACGGGCCAGGAGUUCAAAGAUGCAUCGAAGCCUGUGGAAGUGUCCGGCAUGGCCAAGAUUGGGCUGUUUGCUUUCUUCGUCUUGACCCGCGCAGUGCACCCGACCAUCAUCGACGCCUCAAAGAGCGUGGAUCCGGAGACAGGCAAGAAGUUCUUCGCAUAUGGUAACAUGACCGUGGUGCUCGGUGAGACGGUCGUGACGCUCAUAAUCGCCCAGCUGAUGUGCGUGGGCAUUGGCGGCAUGGACGAGUGGAGGCAGAUCUGGAGCCCUAGGCCUAUGAAGAUCUUCUCGUUGAUCGGCUUUAUGUACGCCUUGGGAGACUACCUGGAGAUGGCAAGCAUGGGAUCCCUCGGUGGGGCGGCCUAUCAGAUUCUGCUGCAGUCAAAGCUCGUCAUCACAGCUCUGAUGAUCUGGGGCAUCAAGGGCACCAAGCAAACGGCGCUGCAGUGGAACAUCCUCGUCUUGGUCAUGUUCUCGAUGUGCGUCUACAUGCUAGGAGGUAAGAGCGACAGCGCUGGCGGAGCCAUCCCCAUCGCAGGUGUCUUGAAUGUUCUUCUCAAGGUGACGGUUUCUUGCCUUUGCGCCGUGCUGUCCGACAAGUACAUGAAGGACUUCAAGAACGAGCCUAUCUACAUGCAGUUGGUGCAGUUCAAGUGCGCUUGGUUUGCAACCAUCCUUGUGAUUUCUUUCCUGGACGGCAAGACUUGGCAGAAUGGCUUCUUCAGCGGUUGGGACCCUACAGUGUGCGGUGUCCUUGCUUCCUUCACCAUCAAGGGUUGGAGCACUUUCUACCUGCUGGCUCUCCUGGACUCCGUCCUCAAGAACAUCGGCGAAGCAUGCGCGGUCUUGGUUAUCUAUGCGGCCCAGGUUGCACUGCCAAUGUUCGAUGACCAGUUCGAGAUUCCCACCUUCCUCUCGGUGAUGGUCGUCAUCCUUUCCGUGACAGCAUAUGUGGGUUCCAAAGAUGUGGUUGAGAAGGCAGCGAAGUAUGAUAAGAUGCAGUCUAAGUGA